AUGAACAGAAUAACGCUAUUGUAUCAAGACGAAUCAUCUUUAUUCCAAACUACUGACAUCAAUGCUACUCAUAUUGUGGUCACCAAUCACAAUAAUGAUACACUUUACGUUCAAAAUACUACCGUAAUUUACGAUAAUACAGGUAAUGAUUUUAAUGACUUAAGAAGUAUGUUGUAUUUGUCUGAUGCUACUAACAUAAAUCAAGUACUUAACAAAAAGGAACCAUUUAGAAUCACCAUCGAUACCUCCCCCAUUUCUUCAUUUACCUCUCAGCAACUGUUAAUAAAACCUCUUUUGUUCUCAGGUUUAAACGUUUACACCUCAGAUAAUCAUAACUCGACUUCUUUCAUUGACAGUAAGUUUCAUCAAGUUUACCAUUCCAAUAAUUUAGAUGUUAUCUUUGAUCUAUUGCCAAAACAGUUUAUUGAAGAUUAUUUAUAUGACCUCAAUAAUAAUCAAAACAUUUCUUAUGAUAUAAUUGUAAACAAGGUCAGCAUUAUUAUCAGCAAAUAUUAUAACCCUUUCCAACAAAUAGGUAACAACACACCACAAAUUUUUUCCAUUUCGCAGGAUUCUUUUAACAAGAGAAAUAAAAAUAAGGAGGGCUGGAAGAAUGUUGUUGGACUAUUCUACCCAGAUUUAAUAGAAAAUGGAUACAACUUUGAAAAUCUGAUAAGUCUAAAUGGUCUAGAUUGCUCGUUCCCACCCUACAAUGAAAAUGAAAAUGAAGAUGACCACAGAUUGAAAUGUAAUAAAAGAUCUUUUUUUUAUCAAACUGCAUUUUCAACUAAUGAAAGGGAAAUCCAAGUCACUUUCAAACAACCGGUCGGAUUACACCCUGUUUUGCAAGUUGAUUUAAACUCUAUAACAGACAAGGCUGAUUGCAAACCAUUUGUGUUUAUGCAAUUACCUAAAACUUUAUUUGUAGACAAAUUCCAAUCGAACCCUGUUUUUCUCUUUGGAGAAGAUGAUUUAGAACUACCUGUUUAUAAAAUUAAAAAGUGGGGUAGUGAGGUUUUAUUUGAAUUAGAAUUUAAUAAGUCAAAUGAAAUAACCUUACAUUCAAGAUAUAUGAGCCCUGCUAAUAACAGCAAUAACAUUACUACCCCAUAUUUUGAAGAAUACAAUGUCAAUCCAUAUGUAUUCGUAGCAUGUGACAAUGAUAACUCUCAAGAUACUAACUCCAAUCCCAUAAUGAAUCCUUUUUAUGAAAAACAUUUUGGAUUGCAGGAUUUUUUCACUCCAAACACCAAUUUCCAAUUAUUAUCCUUUUCUCUAGAAAAGAAUCUCACCACCACUGUGCCUAUUCCUACUAUUAAUAUUAAUUCUUAUGAUACGAUAAGAUAUUCCAUCUGGACCGUGAUGACUUUGUCAAUCAUAUAUUUGUUAAAUAAGAUAUUCCAUAAUGACUUGCUUUCACAACAAAAACAACAUCAAAAAGAAAAGAAAUAG